AUGGGGCGACGAAAGCAGGGACGGCACAUCCAGAACAGCGGUAAUGCUGGGAACAGCAAGAAAGCGUCCAAGGAUGAGGUGAAACAGCUCCAGGCGACACUGAAGAAGCAAGCCGAUGAGCGCCGCGAGGCAGUUGAGGCUGCCAAAGCCGAAAAAGCAGACGAGGACGUCAACCAGAUGCUUACGCUGCUGCCCAUGUUGCUGCAGCCAGCCGCUCUGCCGUCGGACUGUGACUUGACCAAAUGGACAGGCAAAACGCCAUCACAGUUGCUGUACGACCACUGCCGCAAGAAAAAAUGGCUCAAACCUGGAUUUUCGAUCAAGAGCGCAAAGGGUGGUAGUGUUGUCACCGUCUUUUUGAAUCGCGAAGAUGAAAAAACCAAGGAGCGCAAGACCAUCGUUUGCAAAGAUCCUCGAAUUUACGUCGACAGUACCGAGGCCAAGAAUUUUGGUGCCGUAUACGCUUUGCAUCGCGUUGCUUAUGAUCUGCAAAUCAAUCUUGUGCUGCCACCGGGCUAUCGCGAUUACUGGAAACAACUCGAGGCUGAGCGAAAAGAGCAUCCAACCCGAGGCAAGACAUCCUGCCCGACAGAUCCCUUCACGGUUCAAGAAGAUCAUGAGCGUGAGCGUCAAGCGCGGGAUGCUGAGCGUAAACGCCGACAGCGUGCCAAAGAACUCAACCCCAAGUACCAGCACGAAACCGUGAUUAUGGAGGACGCUCAUCGCCAAGACGCUGAGGAGGCCAUCAAGUCUUGCAUGGUUUACGCCUCCACCUUUGGCAUAGGGGGCACCCGAACCAGUGGCAAAGAUCAAACCAUUUUGCCGAGCUUGUGUCGCAAAGGCUUUUUAAAAGCACAUGUCAAGGAGGCCAUGCAGUAUACUCACACCGAGAAAGAGGCGCAGUCGUGGUUGCUCUUGCACUUGCCGGAGCGCGAUCUUCCAAAGCAAUUUCAACACGUUCACUCUGGUGUAUCCGUCGGCAGCUCCACACAGGCUGAGCUUAGCCGAAUUUACAAGGCUGACAAGCUGGCCGAGUAUGGGUUUGCCCAUCAUGUCAUUGUGCAGGAACUCGAGCGCAACGGUGACAAUGUGUUUGCAGCGCUCGUCACGUUGGUCAUGGACCUGCUCGAUCAGAAGGAUGCCAGCUCAUAUUUAACGCCGGCCGAGGAUGAAGCAAGACACCGUGAUUGCUUGGAAAUUCGCAAAAGCGAGCGCGAGGUGCUCUCAAGCGUAAAUCCUGAUGCUUUUCAAAGCAACGUGGAGGAAGGCUGCUGCUGGUUGCAGAUUGCGGUCGACAUUGAGGGUCUGGCCGAGCCCAUUACCAUGGUGGUGCUUUAUGAUCAGCGCAGUGCCUAUCCUCAUUCACCGCCGUUGGUACUGGCCAUCUUUGAGCUGCAAAUGGAAAUUCAAGAUGCGCUUCCAAAAUUGUUGGCCAAUCCACCGCCUUUGGCUUCACUGCACCUGCAGAAAGAUAAGGAUGCAGCGGCCGGCCCUGUAUCAGUCCGUUUGGGACAAAAACUAGGUGAAGAAGACUUGCUCGCUGCCUCCGCAGCAGACCGUCAAGGAAAAAAAGGGCGUAGCAAAGGCAGCGCUAUGCCUGCUCUCCGCGACAACACCGGGGUCAACGCCAAGCUGCAGGCCUCAGAGACGGCACUCGUCGCUAAAAAUGCCUACCAAAAGAUGUUGGGCAAGCGUCAGAAAUUACCCAGCUACAAGGAGCGUGCCGAAAUCCUGCGCUUGACCGUCAUUAUUGCUGGAGAGACGGGUUGUGGCAAGACAACUCAAGUUCCUCAGUUUAUCUUGGAGGAUCUACUCGCCAGUGGCAAUGGGAGCGCGUGCCACAUUUAUUGCACUCAGCCACGUCGGUUGUCAGCCAUCGCCAUCGCGCAGCGUGUGUCCGACGAGCGCACCGAGUCUGUCGGCAGCACCGUGGGGUACUCUGUGCGGCUCGAGCGCAAAGCGUCUGCAGCCACUCGCCUGACAUUUUGCACCACAGGCAUCCUCUUGCGGCAGCUUCAGAGUGAUAAGAGCCUGGCUCACAUUUCGCACGUAGUGGUGGAUGAGGUGCACGAGCGAAGCUUGGACAGCGACGUGCUCCUGGCUCUUCUGAAGGACGUCCUACGCUCACGUCGCGACCUCAAGGUGAUUCUCAUGUCGGCCACGCUUGAUGCUGACAAAUUUUCACGCUACUUUGGAGGUGCACCAGUGUUGAACAUCCCAGGAUUUACGCAUCCCGUCAGUGAGCUCUAUUUGGAGGAUUUGAUUGAGCUGACGGGCUAUCAGCCCAAUCUGAGCUCGCUCAAAAAAGUGCCAGCAGAUGACCCAACACUCAAGGCGACGUUGGAAGAGCGAGCACAAUAUCGCCGCAGUACCAUCAGUGCAGAUCCGUAUCAGUCUCUGGACAAUUGGGAGUCAAUCGAUGAAGAAUCAAAGACCUCAGCUCACCUGGUAGAUGACGAGCGCUUUCAAGUGUACCAGCAGUUAUCCAUCAGCGACGAGAUCUCUUAUCGCAUGGUCGCUGCUGUGGUGGAUCACAUUUGUGCCAGUGACAGUGAUGAUGGCGCCAUCCUAGUAUUCAUGCCAGGCAUGUAUGAGAUUAGGCGUACCAUGCGUGCCCUCAGCGAAUGCAGCGCAUCAGCAUCGCUCCAUGUGUUGCCCUUACACAGCUCGCUUACGCCGCAAGAGCAAAACCGCAUUUUUCAGCGCGCGCCCAAGGGGUCACGCAAGGUUGUUGUCUCGACGAACGUGGCUGAAACAUCCAUCACCAUCGAUGACGUUACCCACGUGAUUGACGCCGGCAAACUCAAGGAGAAUCAGUUUCUGGGCACCUUUCUGGAUGCACCUCAAGGACAAAGCGUCGAAGCUUCGCUUGAUGCACUGCGGGACAUUAGCGCGUUAUCUGCCAACGGCAAGCUCACAGCGCUGGGUGCGCAUCUGGCUCAGCUACCCAUUGAUGUGCGGUUGGGCAAAAUGCUCAUUUUUGGGGCCAUGCUCCGUUGCGUCGAUCCCGUGCUGACCGUCGCUGCGGCAAUGGGGUACAAGAGCUUCUUCGUGGCACCCAUGGCUGAGCGCGAUGCUGCACGAGCUGCUCACCAAAAGUUUUACAAAGAGCGCAGUGACCAUCUCAUGUUUGCCGAAGCUUUCAAUGAAUACCAAAAGAUGGCUCAAGUGGGACGGGGCGCGGCGCAUGCCUUUUGCGAGACAAACUUUCUGUCCCGCAACGUGUUGAGCGAGGUCAAGGAUCUUCGACUUCAGGCUCGUCCAUCAUGCCUGAUGCUGCGAGUGCAUCUGUAUUCUGGACCGCAGUACUACGGUGUUUUGCAAGAAAUGGGCUUUGUUCCUGCACUGGAACGCAAUCAUCGUGGGCCACUUGGCGGCGAUCAACUCAAUGCCAACGCCGAGCAGUAUAAUGUGGUCAAGGCCGUCUUGGCUGCCGGCCUGUACCCCAACGUGAUCCGCAUUGUGUUGCCUCAAGCAACCUUUACUAAGGUGGAGGGUGGCGCAGUUCAAAAUGCCCACAACUCAAAGGACAUUCGCUUCUUUCCCAAAGAACCCGGGCGUGUAUUUCUUCAUCCCAGCUCGGCGCUCUUUUUGGAGAAUAGCUAUGAUCACGAGUAUGCGGUAUACUUUGAUAAGGGUAGCUCGCACGCUGGCAAGACAUUUGUGCGGGAGGUAACCGUCAUCAGCCCUUAUGCUCUGAUGCUCUUUGGGGGUAAGCUCGCGUCGCACGCCGAGAGCAACAUGAUCACGGUCGAUGAUUGGAUCAAAUUCAAGAGCAGCCCACGUGUGGCGGUGCUGAUUGACAACUUGCGUGAUGGGCUCGACCAGCUCUUGCGAGUCAAGCUGCAGAAUCCCGGCGAGCCCAUCGAUGAUCACGCCCUGCUUCGCUGCAUCGAUCGCCUGCUCCAGACCGACGGGCGCCGGUUCUGA